AUCCCAAGAAGAUCACUGGAUGUUCGAUCUCUGUUCAUGCCACCUCGUCACAAGGGAUUCCCACCUCCAAAAGGCAUAUCGUACGAGGCGAAAGCAAGCAGACCAUGAAGAGUCCUCGCGUCCUCCGCGCCGGUUCGACCACAAAAUCUCCAAGCGCAGCCAGCGCUGCUCCGCAAAAGUUCAGAUGGACUUCAUUCGCGCUCUUUGCCGGCAGCGCGCUCUUGGCUCAUGUGCUCCUGGCUCGCUCUUGGUACUCUCGCUUCUUGAUCGGGCCGUCUUUGCCUGAUCAUUGGGUUCGCAACCUCACAUACACUCCCGGCUCCUUGACACAUCCAGCGCAAGCAGAGCAGCGUGGUGACCCUCAAUGCCACAAGUUGCGAGCAGCAAGAGCAGACGCACGUGCCAGGCGCGGUACCCAAAGUCUAAAUUUCUGCGAAGACGUACUGUUCCUUGAAGGCUUGGAUCACGAGGGUGACGUUACGCCAUUGUUACUCGCUACUUGCGAUCCGGGUCGAGGAGAAUGGAAUACGGUCAUGGGACCAUUGAAAGAGCCUCAGCCUCGUGGUGGACUGUGGGUAUGGGAUCCAGCGAAUCCAAGCGCAGAGCCUGUUCUACUCUCGCCUUCGCUGAAUACAACACAAGACCCAUUCCCAGACUCCUUUCACCCAUUGGGAGCUGCAAUGUAUCCCUCAAGUUCAGGCGACGAGCCCAGCACGCUCUUGGUAGUCAAUCACGCCUCGACCCACUCUACUAUCGAAGUCUUCUCCAUCUCGAUCCACGGCGAGUCUGGUGUCCCACGAGCCGAGAGGAUCAAACUGUCCCACAGGGGAACAAUCAGCGAUGCUCUCGCCACGCAUACUCCCAACUCUAUCGCCAUGCUUAGCCAAGACUCGUUCCUCGUGACGAACGAUCAUCUUUUUGCGCUUAGGCCACCACCGAGAGAGCAGGUCGUCAACCUUUUGCAGGCUUUGCGCGCUCCGCACUGGCUCGCUCUACUGGGCGCCGCCGUCUUGACCAACCCAAUCCUCAGUCAAAUUCUGCCAAGGAUCGAAACAUUCAUGGGUCUUAAGCUAGGUUGGGUAGCACGGGUGCAAAUGCAGCCCUCUGAGCGCACCUCCAUCACUGUGACUUCGGCCCUCGCGGCUCAAGGGAUUGCAUUUGCCAAUGGCAUUUCCGUCUCUCCCAAAGGUACCACGAUCGCUGUCGCGAGCACGACCCUCCCAGGUGUAGUGCUCUACAGCCCGCAUCUCGACGGCGAUGGAAAACCAGAUUGGUCUCGUCCACUCGAAAAGAGGGGAACCAUCCACACGCCUCAAACACCCGACAAUUUGUCCUUUUCCUCAUCGGAUCAUCUCGGUGCCCGUUCACUGAGCCACACUACCCAAGGCAAUAGCGAACGCGUGCAAGACGACCCCUUCGACGCAUCCAGAUUGGUGGUUGCUGGGCAUCCCCACCCUUUGCGACUCGUCGGCAUGGCUCGCACAGUCCGGAGCUCGAGGCCAAAAAGGGCCGGAAGCUGGGUGAUAGACAUCUUGCCCGCCUCUUCUACCCUCUCAAAAAGUGUUGCGCACUUACGAGACGACACGACGGAUGACUCCAUGGUUCGCUCCACGAGGUAUGCCCCCAUUGACCUCACGAAAAGUCUGGUCAAGCCAAAUGCCGCGGAGUGGGUCGUUCGUAGCCUGUACCUGUCCACAGAUGGCGCAGAACCGGGAACACCGAGCAGUGCAGGCGCAGAGUGGCUUGCUGGAAAGGAACAUGGCACGCUUGUCAUCUCUGGUCUCUACGGAGGAGUCAUGGUCUGCACCAAGGUAGCCACUUGAUAUCUUUGGUCCAAACACAACACUCUGGCGUGCGCGUUGCGAUGAUGCAUGAUCGAUUUCGUCCUUGCGUCUGCCCGCACAA